CAUGGGUUCAUCAAAUUUGGUAUAAUGGUAAUGACUGAAUAAUAAUAGAAAAAGAAGAAGCCUGCGACAUGGGGAGAACAUGCAAGGAUGAAAAGCAAGAAAAUGUGUAAAAGAAGGUGAUUCAAAAACCUUUAUUUAUGAUAUCCCAGUCACCCACCAAGUCACCAACCCACAUCCAAUAUAUAGUAAUCAUUCAAGCACAGAAUGAGGUUGAAACAGAGACUUUAAGUUUUAGUUCGAAAUUUUACCCCAAAAUGGGUUGAGAGAUCCGGUUACUAAAGGAUUUACUUUAAUAAUCAAGUUGAAUCAAUCACACUAAACUUUCUUGCUAGUUUUUAAUCAAGAUGCCGAGAUGUAGUUUAUGUUUUUACUGAUGUUUAAUUUAAUUAAUCUUUAUAGAUGAUGGCGACAUCCAGCUCUUCAUAAUUAUAUUGUCAGAUACUACAUCUAGCUAGUGGCAUUAUUGAUAUCUCCACUGUCGAACAAAAGCUUACUGUAUUUUGUUGUUGGUGUAAGUUAUUGUUAUAUUAGUUACAAAGAAAGAAUUUUGAACUGAAUUAAAUAAAAAGGACUUCACUAAUCGUAAAGAAAUAAUUAAUUAAUUUUACACGUAGCUGACUAGGUUUGCACUUCAUAUACGUUCUCAGACCAACCAGUUUUCUUCACAUGGCUGAUUUUCCAACUAACUCCAUCAAACGAAAAAAAAAUAUGUCGAACCGAAACGCGACUGUUGAAAACGCUCUCAUGUUUUUCCUCCUCGCGUUUGCCGUCAUGGCCAAAACCGUGUUCUCGCAGAAUUGCCAAAGCACCGGGUGUCCAGGCCUCAAGGAGUGUUGCAGCUCGUGGGGUUCCUGUGGAAUCAAAGAUGACCAGUGUGGCUUUUGGUGCUUCAGUGGCCUCUGCAAUCUCAAAAACAAAUCAUAUGGAUUCAACUACAACGUCAGCGCCGGUCCACGCGGUCCAAUAGAGAGCAUUGUCACACCAUCGUUGUUCAAACGCAUCAUGAGCAAAGUAGGAAACAACUGCCCGGCAAAAGGGUUCUACACUCACCAGGCUUUUAUCUCGGCGGUUAAAUCGUUCCAAGCCUAUAAAGGAACGGUGGCUAAGCGCGAGAUAGCAGCCAUAUUGACUCAUUUUGCUCACGGAUCUAAAGGCUUUUGUUACAAAGAAGAUAAAGCGAGAGGGAGGUACUGUUCUCCGAGCAAGAAGUACCCUUGUGAACCGGGAAAGCAAUACUAUGGUCGUGGUCCGCUUCAGUCAAUCAGAUGGAACGAGUACUAUGGUGCAGCCGGCAUAUUCCUUAGGUUGCCUAUGUUGAAAGAUCCGGAUAUGGUGGCUCAUAGCCCGGAAGUGGCUUUCAAAUUGGCAUUGUGGUUCUGGACCACAAAUGUGCGUCCAGCUUUGUAUUUAGGAUUUGGAGAAACCUCGAAAAGAGUGGACGGUCGACUAUGCGAUAACUUACAUCCUGACGAUACUAAGAACUUGGUUAAGCAAUACGUGGACUUGUGCAAGAUCCUUGGGGUUACUCCUGAUGAAGGUCUGUCUUGUUAAAACAACAUCAAAUAAUGUUAAACAAACAUCAAAUAAUGUAACAUUAAUUUGAAUUAUAAUUUAUUAUUGAGGAUGUUAAAGUUUAAACGUCUUGCAAAUUAAUCAUGUAAAGCAUGUUGGCACACGGAUUUCUGUAUUAGCAAUCAGGUCCCUGAUUGAUAGAUAAAUGUUCUAUCUCAAACAUUUUUUUUAGAAUAUUUUUCUAUCUCAAUAAUACAUAAAAAUUAGAAUCGUUAUUAA